GAGUUGUCACUUGUCAAAAAAAACCGAGAACUAACAUGGCGCUCGUUUGGCUUUGGCAUCAGUUGUGCUAAUAUGUCUGCGACUGUGUUUAUCAAUAAUUGCUUAAUUUAAACGUAAUAUAAUUGCAACCAAAGUACCUACUCUAAAUAGUAAAUUGAGAGUGGUAGUUAAACUACUUCAUAUAAGCUAGCAUCAUGUAUGACGAUAGACGUGGUGGCCGUGGUGGAAGAGGUGGGAGUCGCGGAGGGCGAGGAUCCAGCCGCGGUGGUCGGGGUAGCGACAGGUCACAAGAGCGCGGACCUAGUCGAUUUAGCGGAGGUCGUGGUCGGGAUGGUGGACGCGGCGGUAGGGAUGGCGGCCGUGGAGGACGAGACAGCGGCAGGGGUUUUGGGAGAAUGGGGAAUCGGGAUGAUCGCUCCAAUUUCAAAAAUGAUCAGCCUGGCGGUAACCUUCGAAAAAUUCACUGGGACACCGUAACGCUCACACCAUUCCAGAAAAAUUUCUAUGUCCCUCAUCCGAAUGUUCAACGUCGAACUCAAAGCGAAAUUGAGGCCUAUCGUAGCCAACAUCAGAUAACUGUGAAAGGUCGAGACGUGCCUGCCCCUAGCAUAUUUUUUGAAGAGGGUGGUUUCCCUGACUAUGCUAUGAAAGAGAUUUUAAAACAAGGUUUCCCGAACCCCACUCCUAUUCAAGCACAGGGCUGGCCAAUAGCUCUCUCUGGCCGUGACAUGGUGGGCAUAGCCCAAACUGGGUCAGGCAAAACCUUGGCAUACAUUUUACCAGCCAUAGUACACAUAAUUAAUCAACCGCGUCUGCUAAGAGAUGAUGGUCCAAUAGUCCUUGUGUUGGCUCCAACAAGAGAGUUAGCCCAACAAAUACAGCAGACCUUGAUUGGGAUGAAAGCGAUCGCCCCUGAGUUGAUGGACGAUCCAGCCCCCAUGGAAAUUGUUGCCAAUGAAUUUGGUCAAAGUAUCCACGUGCGGAACACUUGUAUCUUUGGUGGUGCUCCAAAGGGACCACAGGGCAGAUGUCUUGAGAGGGGAGUGGAAAUUGUUAUUGCUACUCCUGGUAGACUCAUUGAUUUUUUGGAGAAGGAGACAACGAACUUGCGCCGAUGCACUUAUUUGGUGCUGGAUGAGGCUGAUAGAAUGUUGGACAUGGGCUUCGAGCCUCAGAUCAGGAAGAUUAUUGAACAGAUUAGACCUGAUAGACAAGUAUUGAUGUGGUCAGCUACGUGGCCCCGAGAAGUACAGAAUCUAGCUGAAGAGUUCCUGCAUGACUACAUCCAGAUCAACAUUGGUUCUCUCGAGCUCUCGGCCAACCACAACAUCCUCCAGAUUGUUGAUGUUUGUGAGGAAUGGGAGAAGAAUGAUAAAUUGAUUACAUUGCUUACUGAGAUAUCUUCAGAGGAGGAAACCAAAACUAUUAUAUUUGCUGAAACCAAAAGGAGGGUUGACGACAUAUGUAAGGCGAUAAACCGUGCCGGCUGGCGCGCCCUCGCCAUCCACGGGGACAAGAACCAGCAGGACCGCGACUACGUGCUGAACCAGUUCCGCCACCACGCCGCCGCCAUACUGGUCGCCACCGACGUCGCCGCCAGGGGACUCGAUGUGGAAGAUGUGAAGUUUGUGAUAAACUAUGAUUAUCCAAAUAAUUCUGAGGAUUACGUGCAUCGUAUCGGCAGGACGGGACGGUCCCAAAACACCGGCACGGCCUACACACUCUUCACUCCUAAUAAUUCAGCAAAGGCUAGAGAUUUGAUGUCAGUACUUCAGGAAGCCAAUCAAGUUGUGAAUCCGAAACUACUAGAGUUGGCGCAAUGUGGCAUGGGAUUCAAAGGAAAAUUCGGUCGUUCAAGAUACCGAGAUGACGGCGGCAGGGGACGCGAUGGAGGCUCACGCGGGGGACGCGGGGGUCGGGGUGGGGGCCGUGGUGGCUACGGGGACAGAGGUUCACGCUGGGACAACAGUAAUGACAACCAAAACUCCUACAACGACUACAACAGGCAGAGUUUCGGUAAUAGAGAGGGUGGAUACCGCGGCAGGGGCCGGGGGAGGGGGGGACACGACGCGCCACAGACCUACUACAACAUGUACUCACAACCGCCGCCCGCUCACUAGCCAGUACGCCGCGUAGUUAUACAGGUCGAACUGAUAUAUAGGAAGGAUGUGGACAGAUAAUACAGAUUAUUCACACAACAUUGAAUCUUCAAGAUGUCCUUACUUAUUAAUUUCUUUGAUUAAUGGAACAUUUAACUAUUAAAUAAUGUAAAAACAAUACAUUAAAUUUAAUAUCUAAUUAACACAUAGUAUGUCUACAUAAUCAACAUCUAUCUUGCACUUUUUGCAUUUGAUGUAGCGACCAGUAUAUGUGGGAAACUUUGGAGAAGUAGGCACUGAUUAACAAUUAGAGUAAUUCAAUUUUUUUAUAUUUUUAUAUAAUCUGAUCUGGUACACGCCAGCUUAGAUUAUAAUUUCAAAAUAUUGUUUUUGCUUUGGCUGCGGUAUAAAAAAUACGUUUUAUAAAUUUGAUGAAUAUCUAGUUAGCCUAGUUAAGGUUUUAAAAAUUCAAA